CUAACUUAUGAUAUAUUGUCGCCGUUGCACAAAAGGGCCUAUUUUUACACUAUAAAAACAAGCUCAAGAAGAUAUUUCCAUUCAUUCUCUUCCGUUAAACCCUAAAGUUUUCCCUUAGGGUUUUAUAGCUGUCUACUCCUCCCAGCUGCUUUUUUUCCCCCACAACUUGUAAUGGGUAAAUCUAUCAAGAAGUCCGCCACCAAGGCUGAUGCUGCUGUAGUUGCUCCAACCAAACCCAUGAAGAAAGGGAAGAGAGAAGCUGAGGAUGAAAUUGCCAAGUUGGUGAGUGCAAAGAAGCAGAAGAAAGAUGUGGCUGUAGCACAAGCUGUUGAGAAAAAGAAAAGUGAUAUCAAAACUCAGAAGAAGAAGAAGCCAGUAAGCAGUUCCUCUGACGAUAGCUCCUCUGAGUCGGAGUCUGAGGACGACAAGCCACUGGUGCCUCCUAAGAAAGUGGCUCCUGCCAAAAAGGGAAAGGUAGCCAGCAGUUCUGAUGACUCAGAUUCUUCAGAUGAGGAUGAAGCUCCUGCUAAGAAAGUUGUUGUAGCUUCAACUAAGAAUGGCGUUGCUGCUAAGAAGAAAGAUGAGUCAAGUGAUGAUUCGGAUGAUAGCAGCUCUGAGGAAGAUGUGCCAGCACCCAAGAAACCUCCUACUAAUGGCGCUAAGAAAGACGAGUCAAGUGAUGAUUCUGAUGAUAGCAGCUCUGAGGAUGAUGCUGUUGUUAAGAAGGCACCUGCUGUUGUUAAGAAGGCGCCUGCUGCUGCCUCUAAAAAGCAAGAAUCCAGCUCUGAUUCCAGUGAUGACUCCAGUUCAGAUGAUGAUGAUGAACCUCCCUCUAAGGUAGUUGCUCAACCUAAAAAGGCUCCUCAAGCUGUGAAGAAGACUGGUGACAGCUCUGAUGACUCUGAUGAUUCUGAAUCUGAUUCUGAUUCAGACAAGGGAAAGGCUGCUACUGUAGCUAAAAAGACUGCUGCUGUAUCUAAAAAGGUUGCUUCAUCUGAUGAUGACAGCGAGGAUGAUAGUUCUGAGGAGAGUGAUGAAGAGCCUCAAAAGAAAAAGAGCAAGCCCUCGACCACACCAGCCGUCUCAAAAGCUCCAGAGAAGAGUAGCUCUGAGGAAUCUUCUGACUCAGACGACUCCUCUGAAGAUGAAGAGGAUGACAAACCAUCCAAAACUCCCAAGAAGCAGGGUGCUGAUGUAGAAAUGGUUGAUGCUCCUUCUGCUAAAGCUCAACAAACCCCUAUUACUCCUAAACCCCAAACCCCAGGGGGAUCGAAAACAUUGUUUGUUGGAAAUCUAUCCUAUUCAGUGGAACAGGCGGAUGUGGAGAAUUUCUUCAAAGAUGCUGGAGAAGUUCAGGAAGUGCGCUUUGCUACACAUGAGGAUGGUUCAUUUAAGGGCUUUGGUCAUGUUGAGUUUGUUACUGCUGAAGCUGCGCAUAAGGCACUUGAACUUAAUGGGCAUGAUCUUUUGGGCCGUGAUGUGAGGUUGGACCUGGCUCGUGAGAGGGGAGAGUAUACACCUCGCAGUGGGAAUGAGAACUCAUUCCAGAGGCCGGCUAGAAGUGAGGGAACAACAAUUUUUGUCAGGGGCUUUGACAAAAAUGAGGCUGAAGAUCAGAUUAGGAGUUCACUGGAGGAGCACUUUGCAUCUUGUGGGAAGAUCUUUAAAACAAGAAUUCCUACAGACCCAGAAGGCUAUAUUAAAGGGAUGGCUUAUAUUGAGUUUGCAAAUGGAGAUGCUGAUGCUCUAAACAAAGCUCUGGAGCUUGAUGGAUCAGAAGUUGGAGGGUUUAGCUUGAAUGUGCAAGAAGCAAAACCAAGGGGUGACAGUGCAGGUGGAGGAGGCAGAGGUUUUGGUGGUAGAAGUGGUGGUAGGGGUGGCGGUAGAGAUAGUGGUGGUAGAUUUGGUGGUCGUGGUGGUGGAGGCCGCUUUGGAGGUGGAGGCCGCUUUGGUGGCGGUGGACGCAGUGGAGGUGGUGGACGUUUUGGCGGUGGAGGCAGAGGACGAGGAAAUGCCAACAAGCCAAGCUUCACUCCAUCUGGCAAGAAGACUACCUUUAGUGACGAGUAACUUGGUCGCUAUUGGCCAACUUAUCUAAAUCUCGUGGACGUUUUUAUCUUAUUUUAAAAAUAUUAUAAAUUUUGUUAGCAAGAACUUUAGUAGUUAGUGGACAAAUGGGAUAAUUUUGUUUCUUUUGAGUUCAUGUACCAUUCUUUGUGGGUGGAAAAUGAGUUUGUUCAAUGUUGAUAUCCAGUGUUUGUGGUAUCUAUCUCUUAUAUAAUUGCUUCAUAUGACAAGUUAAUUUUUA